GGGAGGCGAGCCCAGGAGCAGUCGGGCCGCGGGGACCCAGCGCGCAGAGAAGUGCCGAGCGCCGGAGCCCGCGGGACACGGGCACCGCGGGUGUGCGCGCCGCUGAGGCACUGCGCUCCCAGACGCGUCCGCAGCUGCAGGAGGGGCAUUUGCCCCCCCCACCCGAGGCUCGCGGCCAGCAUGGCCCCCACGCUGCAGCAGGCGUACCGGAGGCGCUGGUGGAUGGCCUGCACUGCUGUGGUGGAGAAUCUCUUCUUCUCUGCCGUGCUCCUUGGCUGGGGCUCCUUGCUGAUCAUGCUCAAGAACGAGGGCUUCUAUUCCAGCUUGUGCCCAGCUGCGAACACCACUAACAUCACCCAGGAUGCACAGCUCCCGUGGCCCAGCUGUGAGGGUCAGGAAAAGAUGCUCAACCUGGGCUUCACCAUCGGCUCCUUCGUGCUCAGCGCCACCACCCUGCCACUGGGGAUCUUCAUGGACCGCUUUGGCCCCCGGCCCACGCGGCUGGUGGGCAGCACAUGCUUUGCUGCAUCCUGCACCCUCAUGGCCCUGGCCUCUCGGGACACCCAAGUUCUGUCUCCGUUGAUAUUCCUGGCGCUGUCCCUGAAUGGCUUUGGUGGAAUCUGCCUAACGUUCUCUUCACUCACGCUGCCCAACAUGUUUGGGAACCUGCGCUCCACUGUCAUGGCCCUCAUGAUCGGCUCCUACGCCUCUUCUGCCAUCACGUUUCCAGGAAUCAAGCUGAUCUACGAUGCCGGCGUGUCCUUCAUGGUCAUCAUGUUCACCUGGUCGGGCCUGGCCUGCCUCAUCUUUCUGAACUGUGCCCUCAACUGGCCCAGCGAAGCCUUUCCCUCUCCUGAGGAAGGCAGCUACACGAAGAAGAUCAAGCUUACUGGGCUGGCCCUGGAUCACAAGGUGACAGGUGACCGCUUCUACACCCAUGUGAUCAAUGUGGGCCAGCGGCUGAGCCAGAGGGCCCCCAGCAUGGAGGAGGAUGACAUCUCCUCCCAGGACACUCGUGGCACCUCAGGAAAACCUCGUGAGAAGUCUGUCCCCUUCCGCAAGAGCCUCUGCUCCCCCAUUUUCCUGUGGAGCCUCCUCACCAUGGGCAUCACCCAGCUGCGGGUCAUCUUCUACAUGGCCGCCAUGAACAAGAUGCUGGAGUUCAUCGUGACCGGCGGCCAGAAGCAUGAGACCGUCGCCCUGAAGCAAAGAGCGGAAGAGACAGUUGGGUUCUACUCCUCCGUCUUUGGGGCCAUGCAGCUGCUGUGUCUACUCACCUGCCCUCUCAUUGGCUACCUCAUGGACUGGCGGAUCAAGGACUGCGUGGACAACCCCACUGAGGGCAUGGCCCUCGACGAUGCCAGGGACGGGAUUGCCACCAAGUCCGUCAGACCGCGCUACCGCAAGAUCCAGAAGCUCACCAACGCCAUCAACGCCUUCACGCUGACCAACCUUCUGCUGGUGGCUUUUGGCAUCACCUGCCUCAUCAACAACUUACACCUCCAGUUCGUGACCUUUGUCCUGCACACCAUCGUCCGGGGUUUCUACCACUCGGCCUGCGGCGGCCUCUACGCGGCAGUGUUCCCGUCCAACCACUUCGGGACGCUGACAGGCCUGCAGUCCCUCAUCAGUGCUGUGUUUGCCCUGCUCCAGCAGCCGCUCUUCAUCGUCAUGGUGGGACGCUUGAAAGGAAACCCCUUCUGGGUGAACCUGGGCCUCCUGCUCUUCUCACUCCUGGGAUUCCUGCUACCUUCCUACCUCUUCUACUACCGAGCCCGGCUGCAGAGGGAGCACACCACCGACUGGGAGGGCCCACUGAAGGCGCUGAGCAACUCCGAGGUGACUGCGUAGACCUCCGCAGACAACGGAUCCGAUGACAGGCAGCCAAGGCCUGAGAACCAAAGGGAACGCCUCAUGUGGCUUUUCUACCUGUAACACACGCAGAGCCAGGGGCCGUGGAUUUAUAAAUACCAGGAGAAAUUCUAUUUUUGUAGGGACUUGCUAAAAGGAAAAAAAAAAAAGAAUCCCUAAAAAAAAAAAAAAUCCCCCAAAGCAAUGUGCCCUUGACUGAAGACAGCCCCUGUGCUAGAAGGAUGGGGCCUCUUCCUCCUGGACUGGGGGAGACCAGGGUGCGGGGCUGCCCUUUCUCUGGGCCUUCAUCCUCCUAGUGCCUCCUGGGGGCUGGGGAUCAGCAAACAGGCUGCCCCCAAGUCCCAGCUGUGUCAUGCCCAGAGUGUGCAUGUAAGUGUGAAGUGUGUACAUGUGCAUGUGUGCGUGUGCGUGCGUGCGUGUGUGUGUGUGUGUGUGUGUGUGUGUGUGAACCAACCUUCCCCUAGGGGAAAGGGGCCUGAGGUGCUGGCUGUGUCCUGGAUGGGGAGUGGGGGGGGGGGGCCCUUCCAGGGGCCGGAGGGCGGGUUCCCUCCCGGGUGCUGCUUUUUGCAGAUCUCAGAGGAAAUAAAAAGGGAAGUGAGAGACUGGCUGGUGUGUGCCUGUGUCUUCCCACACCCCUGCCCAUCACCUCACCCAGGUUUGGCUGGGCACGAAGUAGGACGCCUGAAGUGCCAGCCUGUUCACCUCUGGCUAGCUGGCUGGCUGACCUCCCCGCUCUCGGCCAGGCCCUGUCCUUAAGAGUCUGGAUUCAGACCCUACUCUCUCUACUCCUGCCCCCGCUUCCCGGGUUUGGGGUACAUCCAGGAGGCUGGCCUUUUUCCAUACAGGGGGUCAGGGCAGGAUGCUUUAGAACCGUGGUCGGCAGACUGCGGCUCGCGAGCCACCUGCGGAUCUUUGGCCCCUUGAGUGUGGCUCUUCCACAAAAUACCAUGGCCUGGGCGAGUCUAUUUUGACGAAGUGGCGUUAGAAGAAGCUUCAGUUUAAGAAAUUUGGCUCUCAAAAGAAAUUUCAGUCGUUGUACUGUUGAUAUUUGGCUCUGUUGACUAAUGAGUCUGCCGACCACUGCUUUAGACAGAAUGGAUGGCUCUCAAACUUUCCUACCAAACCAUCCCUGGGGGCCUGUUGAAAGUGACUUUUUAAUAGUCUCCUAAAACGUCAUGCAAAUUUUGAGCUUCACGUUAUACUAUAUUGAUAUUUGCUUUUAACAUUAAAGCGAGGCUUUAAAAUGA